AUGUCCAGCACUAAUCCUCUCUUUACUCGACUUGAUCAAUUCGAUGUCCUGUUUCUGAAAUUAUCAUUAGUCAUCAUCUGUUUCUCAACAUUUGACUAUGUCAUUUACGAAAAUCAAUCGGCAAGUCAUCUCCUUCACCUCCAGCAUGUUAUCAAAUUCCAAAAUCUCUACGUCGAUCUAGCUUGGCGAUACUUAGUUUAUGAAUACAAUGAACAACAAGCCCGACGAUACUUUUCCAAUUUAGUUCAAUAUCUCUUCACUGUCAAUGACAUGAUCGUCUCCAUGUACGACGAAGGAUCAUUUCAAAAGAUGAUACAUUUGAUUAUACAACGCACGAAAGUAGCACUUUGUCAAUGA